AUGUCUGGUGAGUUGAAUAGUCUUCGAAAAUGUUCGAUUCCCGUGAUAUAUUCUGCGGCACUAGGUGGUGUCUACGUACCCAUGGAACCGCAGGCGUGGCACUACGCUGUCUGUUCCCCAAAGGGCUGUUUUGUUACAACGGACCCAGUCGUUGCCAAGAGGUCAGUAGAGGGCUUGAGUUUAGCUCAGAACCCAUCAUUCCGGUCGAGGGACGAUGCCCUGCGCCAGAUCGAGGAGUGGACAACAUACGUUGGCCCGCGUGCUCAACUGCUGUACGAGAAGAAGCGAAAAAGUGAGGCUCUCCUACAAGCCCACCAAGUACCGAACCCGCAGCGAAAGCCAGAGCACCAAUCCGAGGAUCAGGAGGAGGAGAACGAGAGCGUAUUUGAGGCUAAUGCAGACCAGAAGAGGCAGGGUGGGGAAAUGUUAACCGAUGAACGCUGGACGAUGGAGGCUUCGUCGGCCUCGCGGGGCAUGUUCGUUAUGCCCACGUUGGAAUCGACGAGCGUCACCGAGUGGUCUGACAUGUCGGAAACAUUGUCUUCUGUUUCCGACAUGCCAUCUAUUCCGCCCAACCAGACAGUGACUAUAGAUAGGCCUGCCGUCCAGGUUAGAGCAGGCGCUGUUGGUAUCGCCAGUCAUCGCACACCCAGCAUCAACGUCCCUACGCCUGCCUCUCUCGCCGGUGGUUCGCGCCAAAGUUCCGUUGUUGCGACGCCAUCUCCUUCUGGCAAUAUCCCUCAUGGAACUCUCGAUGAUCGUGACAUAGAUGCCAUUUUUCGCCUGGGGCGGGACAAUGUAAAUGUGAGUCGUGAAGUACAGUAUCAUCUCCAGCUAGCCGUAGAGACUGCGAUUCCUGCCUUGUUCCAUCGCCGUUUGGUAUUUCCAUCUCCGUGGCAGCGUGAGCGUUACGUGGUCUCUCUUCUCGAGGCUAUCGAAAGUAUUAUCCAAGGCGGCUUUUCCUGGUUUGCUAUAGUUCGAGGAAGGGGGAUCGGGGUGCAUCGAGGACCUUGGGAUAUGAUUGCAGACCGCAUCACAGAUAUCGAGGAAGGUGCCGUAUUCAAAGGCUUCGCAACGUACGAAGAGGCCGACGCUUGGUUUGAUGCCCACUCAGAUAUGCAGUUCGAAGUCGAUGUUUAG